AUGGACGAUGACGCGCCCGGUGGGCCGCAGGGCGCGCGCUCGUACGCCCCGUACGCGGGCGCGCAGGCGAACGAUGCGUGUCGGAAUUGCGGCCAGCUCGGACACUACGCGAGAAACUGCGCGCAGAACGCCGGACUGAACGGCGGCCGCGGCGCCGAUCGAUGCAAUCGAUGCGGACAGAUCGGACACUGGGCGAGCGAGUGCUCGCUGCCGUACUCGGGCGGCGCGGGCGCGGGAGGGUUCCGAGGGGCGGUCGGCGGCGGCGGCGCGCGGCCGGGCGAUCGGUGCUCUAGGUGCGGAGGACUCGGACACUACGCGCGCGCGUGCCCGUCGCCGGCCAUGGCGGCGUUCGCGGGAGGUGCGGGAGGCGCGCCGAAGACGUGCCAUAACUGUGGACGCGUGGGACACAUCGCGCGGGACUGCCGACAAGGCGGCGGCGCGCGAGGGUACGAUAACGCCAGAGCGCCGAAGCAACGCAAGGGUGCGGGUCCGGACGAUGUGUGUAAUCGCUGCGGCGAAAAGGGACACUGGGCGAGCUCGUGCUCGCAACCGGACACGCGAACGGAGGCCGAGCGCACGAGACAAGCCAAGCCGGACGAUAAGUGCCACCGAUGCGGCGAGCUCGGGCACUUCGCCAAGGAUUGCUCGUUGCCCCCGGACAACACGUGCAGAAUUUGCAAGCAAGAGGGACACUUCGCCAGAGAGUGCCCGAACAAGGACACCGCGGCGGCAGCGAACAUGGAUGCGGACCUUGAUAACUACAUGAAGGAGGGCGCGGAGAAGAAGGAAAGCGGCGAGGCGUAA